GGGCGCAGGUCAUUGAUCCUCCAAGAUCACUGUGGUUUUAAUGGUCCGCCUGGAAAGGAAUUAAUUCUGGGAUGGAUAAAUAAUGCAUCGGGGUUUAUGUAGUCCAAGGCAAGCUGGCGGGUCGGAGCCAGAAGCGGGAUCCGAGGGAGCGGAGCCUUUCGUGGGUGACGCGGUUGACCACCGGGUUCGAGCGAGCCGGGCGAGCGAAGGGCGACGGUGCGAGAGGAGGAGAGAGAGAACCGGGACGUGCAUGGCAGCAUGAUCGGCCCAGCGGGUCGGGCAGGGGGGCUGCGGGAGCAUGCUGAGCCCGAAGAUCAGACCCGCCAGGAGGGCGCGUUCCAAAAGCCUGGUGAUGGGGGAGCAGAACCGGAGCCCAGGGAGGCCCCCAGGACCCCCCAGGCCAGGCCCCGUGCUGAAGGCGGGCUGGCUGAAGAAGCAGAGGAGCCUAAUGAAGAACUGGCAGCAGCGCUGGUUCGUGCUCCGAGGGGACCAGCUGUUCUACUACAAGGACAAGGAUGAGGGCAAGCCCCAGGGAUUUAUUUCUCUGCAAGGGACCCAGGUGACUGAACUUGUUCCUGACCCAGAGGACCCAGGGAAGCACCUCUUCGAGAUCAGCCCAGGUGGUGCCAGGGAGCGGGAGAAGGUGCCAGCCAACCCAGAGGCGCUCUUGCUCAUGGCCAGUUCCCAGCGAGACAUGGAGGACUGGGUGCAGGCCAUCCGCCGGGUCAUCUGGGCCCCACUUGGCGGAGGUACUGCCCAUAGCUCGAAUGCCCACCCCAUAGAACCCUUGCCUGCAGGGAUCUUUGGUCAACGCCUGGAGGACACCGUACACCAUGAGCGCAAGUAUGGCCCCCGUCUGGCGCCGCUGCUGGUGGAGCAGUGCGUGGACUUCAUCCGGGAGCGAGGGCUCACCGAGGAAGGACUCUUCCGCAUGCCCGGCCAGGCCAACCUCGUGAGGGAUCUGCAGGACUCCUUCGACUGUGGCGAGAAGCCCCUGUUUGACAGCACAACGGAUGUGCACACGGUGGCCUCUCUGCUGAAGCUGUACCUGCGGGAGCUCCCCGAGCCGGUGAUCCCCUUCGCCAGGUACGAAGACUUCCUCAGCUGCGCCCAGCUACUCACCAAGGACGAGGGGGAGGGGACUCUGGAGUUGGCUAAACAAGUGAGCAUCCUUCCUCAGGCCAAUUACAACCUGCUCAGAUAUAUUUGCAAGUUUCUGGACGAAGUUCAGGCCCACUCACAUGUGAACAAGAUGAGCGUGCAGAACCUCGCAACCGUUUUUGGCCCUAACAUCCUUCGGCCCCAGGUAGAGGAUCCAGUAACCAUCAUGGAAGGUACUUCUUUGGUCCAGCACUUGAUGACUGUCCUCAUCCGCAAACACAGCCAGCUCUUCGUCACAACCUCACUGGAAGGACCUGCCUCCCCACGUGGCACCCCACAGUGCAUGGUGGGGUGGAGCUCUGAGGAGGUCACCAGGGACCAGGUGCAGGGCGAGCCUGGUAGCCCUAGCGUACCCACACUCAGGACCUCGUCUCUAGAUGGGCCAGCCACGGCAGUACCCUCUAGAACUUCUCCUCCAGGCUUGAGCAGCCAGGGUGGCCCUGUGGCCACCAGCCCUGGGAAGAGGGUGCAUACCCUACCCGGUUGGAAGUCUUCCUUCCGGCAGCCAGGGUCCCGGUCAGGGAGUCCUAAAGUGGGCAGCUCAUCACUAGAAGUACCCAUCAUUUCUUCUGGUGGAAACUGGCUUAUGAACGGGCUGUCUUCCUUGCGUGGCCAUCGCCGGACCUCAUCGGGGGACCGGUUCAAGGAUGCGGGCUCACCGCAGAGACUUUCCACCUAUGACAACGUGCCUCCAUCCAGCCUCUUUCCCAGCACUGCCAGCGUGGCCAGCACAGCGUGGUCCGUGGCCUCAUCGUCCCGCGAGGCCUCUGUGAGCAGCUGCACUGCCUGCCGGGCCAGUGACGCCUCUGCCUGCAGCUCUCUACAUACUGAGUGGGCUCUUGAGCCCUCCCCUCUCCCCAGCAGCAGUGAGGACCACAGGUCCCCAGACCUAGGCCACAGCCUGGAUGAAGCAGGGGUGGCCAGCGGCAGCAGUGAGCCCAAUGACCCAGGAAGCCCCACCCAGGCCCAUGCCCAUCGCUGCCAGGCUCUCCAGGGCCAGGUGGCCCAGCUCAGGGCACAGCUGUCCCUGCAGAGGACUGAGUAUGAGAGGAGUCUAAAAAGCAUCGAGGAGGGCAGUGCCGAGCUGAGGAGGCAGAUGUGGCGGUUGGAGGAGGAGUUGGACCAGGAGAAGAAGAAGUUUGCCAUGCUGGAGAUCAAGCUGCGGAACUCGGAGCGGGCCCGCGAGGAUGCCGAGAGGAGGAACCAGAUGCUGCAGAGGGAGAUGGAGGAGUUCUUCACCACCCUGGGGAACUUGACGGUUGGGGCCAAGGAGGCCGGAGCUCCAGAGUGAAGAGUCACAGAAACGCGCGUCCACGUGUCUCCCUGCAGGGCUGGCCCCAGGCCACAGAGGGAGCCUUAAGCCUCAGCUUGGGCCUGGCCAUUAGCAGGGCCAUAUGCUCCUGAGCCAGAUGGAGAGAGACAUCCUGACACCCCUGUGGGGUCUAGCAGGACUCUGCGCACUCCAGGCAGGAUCUGGAUGCUGCUCUAACCGGGUGAGGCCUAGCCAGUGCCAAGAGCAGCAGCGGAUGGGUGGCACCUAGGAGCCAGGCAGCUACCAGGAACUUUGUGUUCUUUAUUAAAUGUGCUCUGAAAGCAUGGUAAGCUGUCACCAGCCUCAUUCGUCCUGGCUGUGCCAAGUGGGGUUUGCCAUGUGGCAGGGAUAGGGGCCCCGUGAGGUGUGUGUGUGCACACACACGCACGCACACAGGGAGGACAGGUAGAGCUGAAGCCUCCUGGGAGCCCCAGCGCUGUUGCCAGGGAAGCUGAUAUCACCGGUGUGUGUCAGCUCGGCCGUGUGCUCAGCUAGCCUCCAUUGCUCUGUUUCUGUAUUCCUCUGCCACGCCCUGUGUCCUUCAAAGUCCUCGAGACGCCGCACAGUAACCUGCCUUCCCGUGUAGGGGCCCAGGUCUGCCUCAGGGCUAGUGCGUGUGAUCUGGAGGUCGUGAGGAAGCUGUACACUCAGGGGGACAGGGUCUGCCAAGCCAGUGAAUCUUCUAGCCCACCUUUCACUAGAACUGGCCUAUUUUCCUUCCACAUCUCCCAGAAGUGAGGGUGACCCCACGACCACUCCCUCAGCCAGCCCAGGUUGCUGUGAUGAAAAAAAUGUCUGCAGAAGCAGCCUAAGAAGGUUUAUUUGAGCUCGAUUUGAGGCAAGGGAGGUGUGGGACCAAGGGCAGCUGAAGCUGUGGGAGUGUGAAAUAGUUGAUCACUCUGCGUCUGCAGUCAGGCAGAAGAGAGAGAGGAAGGCUGCUGUCAAUGCUUUGCUGUAGCCCACAUUUAGAAUGAGCCUUUCCACCUCCUUCAGCCUCUCAUCCUCUGACAGGCACAGGUGUCCCCAAGCCCCAGCAAGUUGACAGUGAAGGGUAGCCAUCACGCCAGACAGGCCUGGCUGGGAGAGGACGGGCCUUAAACAGUUUUCUGUCACUGUCCUUCCUCUGCUGUGGCCGGCAUCCUUGUGUGUGCGGGUCGAUCUCUCACUUCGCCUCGGGGCAGAAAAUCCUAUGGUGGUUUGCUGGAGGGAGAGAGGGUAAUCCAGCAGUCCUGGUUUCUGCCCACUGUCUGGAGAGGUCAUUAAGCCCCAACACCAACCUGCCUGGCCUCAGGGUGUCGCCUCUGACGACACCUGGCCAGGAGAAUGGGCUGUACCGAGAAGGCAGGGUGGCAGCUUCAGGCAUCCACAGUGGGUAGACGGGUUAGCCUCUGACUGUCCCUGGCUGAGUGGAGACCUCCCCAACUAGGGUUUUGAGUUCCUGGGCGAGAGUGUUCCUCAGCCUCUGAAGUACUGCAGCGGCCUGUGUUUGGAGGGAGAUGUAGGGGUGUCAGAGAGUGUGUAAGGGUGAAAUGUUCAGGGAGAUGGAGAAAAGACUAAAGGAAUUUUGAUUUCCUCUCAGCUACCCACCCAGCACGAUGGAGCCUGGCCCUUAGCUCAGUGAUGGGAAACCAAGGCUUGGGGAAGUUUGGUAGAACUUGUGAAUUCUCAUGACCCUAUCGAGUUCCCACACGAAAAACAUGGAAUUCUGCUCAGUUGACCUGGGGAGAAAAAUGCCACCAGCAUAUGAAAAGAACCCCGGAAGAUCUAAGUCUAUGAAGGUUUCACUUCAGGAAAGGGAGGCUGUCUGAGCCACUAAUCGGAUGGAAUGGCAGCCCACUAGCCUUACCUGCCACCUACUGGCCAAGAUGGGACCAGCAAGUGCAUCAUCCGUUUCUCUUGUGUCUGUACGCUCCACUUUCCAUCUGCUUAGGUUUCUGAACGAACGGUACUGAGCACCUGUGACUUAUCCAUGGUCGGUGCUUUGGACUGGGACUCCAACCCGCAUUCUCUUGUUCACAAUUAGGUGAUGUUUAUCCAAAUGAUUGUCAAACCCGUGGGUUCCAGUUGAGCCUGUUACUUGUUCUGACCUCAUUUAGUAGUAAGUAAAGCAGUAAACUACAAACAUGAACA